AUGAGUGGCCCCGGUGAAGAGCGAUGGCGCGGAGGUCGCCCAUACGACCAGAACCGCCACUCGGCGCAAAGACACUCCAACGCCCGCACCAUGAGCGCGCAUGGUGGGUCUCGGGGAGGACAGAAUAAUUGGGGAGAUUCGCGUGACCAGUUCGCUUCCGGGCCGCAGCAGGAGCAGCAUGUCCCCGUGCGAGGCUUCAAUGCCGCGGAGGCGAAGGGAGCUCUGAGAAAGGGACCGGGAGAACCGAGACCUUACUACUACAAACCACAAGGAAAGGACGUGAACAACCGCGCGAGCGGACCCUGGGGCGCAAAACCCAAUCAAAUGGCAAACGGCAAGGAUUUCUUCCUCGAGCUUCGGAAGCAAGUGACGGCGCUGCAGCAGGGUGGCACUGUUGCAGGUGGUUGA